UAGUCUAACAUAUUCAGUUGCCUUAGGAAUUGUUUUAACAGUAAUUAAUCAAAAUUGUGAGAAAGUGAAUGUGUUACAUAACUCCAAAUUGCUACCAGCUCGUUGAACAGAUACUUGGUGGGAUUUGUUCAUAUUGUCUAAAUCACAUAGUUCAUGGUGUUACAUUUGACAUAUUACGAGGGGAAAACCAUAAUGCCUGUUUUACACACAAAGCCAACCAGCUAUAGCACUCAAACAUAAUUAAUUCAACUACACCAAAUAAGCCUCUUCAUUUUAUUUUUAAAGCAAGGCCAGAACAAGGCCAUCUAUCACUUGAUACAUACACAUUAGGCAACAAAUGUGUAAAUAGGUGUGCAGUUGUACAGGAAGUAAUGUACUUGGUAGCCGAAGUAACCAUCCCUCAGUCUACAAGGUGACUACACCGCAUUCUUUUCAUGAUUGUUCACACUCAUUAGACCUGAAUGGGGGUAAACAAAAUGUAGUACAGCUUACCAUAGUGCAAUCAUUCUUAGCACACACCUCAUGGUAAUUGCUGCAAGUAGAAAUACUGUAACUGCAGGAUUCAGGGCUUAGAAACCACAUGAAUCACCGGAGACCUUAAGCACGCUCAUAUCUAUAAAGCCACAGGUUCAAUGAAAAGAGCGUGUUAAUUUCACAAUGGAGUUGUUGUGGCCCGGGAUCCAAGUGCUGUGCUUCCUGGUGCUCACGGAUCGGUCAAAGACUUCACCCAUCUCUGAGGAACAGUGGCCAAGGCCUGAAGACAUUGAACUGGCAGAGCGUUACCUUAGGAAAUUCUUCCACCUGAGCCACAGCAGUGGCCCCCGCAAUAGGAGGGCCACCUUAUCCUCAGCUUUGGAAGAGAAAAUUAGAGACAUGCAGGACUUCUUCAGUCUGAAGCAAACUGGAACACUGGAUCUCCAAACGCUCAGUGUGAUGAGGAAGGACAGGUGUGGAGUACCUGAUGUAGACAACUACAGCUUUUACCCAGACCAGCCCAAGUGGAGGAAUCAUACUAUUACAUACAGGAUUGCUAACUACACCCCUGACCUUACAAAGGAGGAGGUGGAAACCUCAUUGCAUUUGGCAUUGAAGAUCUGGAGUGACAUGGCCCCACUGAAGUUCAUCAAGGUCAAUCACAUCAAGGCAGACAUCGUUUUCUCCUUUGCAAGAAAAACUCAUGAAGACUUCUUUCCCUUUGAUGGCCCUAACGGUGUUCUGGCCCAUGCCUUCAAGCCAGGAGAAGGUAUGGGGGGAGACGUGCACUUUGAUGAGGAUGAAAUCUGGACGAUGGGCCAAAGCAAGCCAGGUUGCAACCUGUUCACCGUUGCUGCACAUGAGAUAGGUCACUCGCUGGGACUCUCCCAUUCCAAAGACCCUUUGUCUCUUAUGUAUCCCGACUACAAGUAUUACAACAGUUCCAAGUACACACUGCCACAAGAUGACAUGCUGGGCAUCCAGGCACUGUAUGGCAAACCAGUCCAAAAACAAUAUCCACUGACCAUUUCUAAUAAGUGUGACCCCAAAUCCUCUGUUGAUGCUGUGACACUGAUCGGGAAGGAGAUUGUUAUCUUUAAAAGCAGGUAUAUGUGGUUGAGGCCAACAUGGACACCAUACUGGAACCCUCUAAGAGAGGGUCCAAUCAACACUUAUCUCCCAUGCAUCAACUCUCCUGUGGACGCUGCCUAUCACAUCCCAGCCAUAGGCAUGUCAUACAUCUUCACUGGUCGUAAGUGCUGGGUGGUUCAGAUGCUUAAGAUGACAUGCCACUUUGGUUCCAUAUAUGAAUAUGGAUUCCCUGCCAAAGUUAGGAAAAUUGACGCUGCUGUUCACAUCAGUGAAUAUGGAAAAACCUUCUUCUUUACUGGACAAUUAUACUACAGAUUUGAUGAAUACAGACGUAGGAUGGAUCCAGGAUUUCCAAGAAUCAUCCAAGAAGACUGGCAGGGAAUUGGGAAGACAGUUGAUGCUGCCUUUCAGUUACAAGGUACUUUGCAUCUCUUCAGUGAAGCACAGGCAUACCACUUUGACUACAGACAGAACCUGGUGCUAAAUACAAUCCCAGCAAAUGCAUGGCUGGGUUGCUAACAUAAUAGCGAAAGAAACUCAUCCUCCUUUGUGGAAAUGAAUACUACCGACAGUUGUUACAUUGUGUGUUACCUACCUAACACAACUAUGUGUACCUGUUCAAACUAUUGAACAUAUCCUGAUGUACAGUGUAUAUUGAGUUGGGUAUGAUAUAUAGUAUCUUAGGUACUCAGCACAGCUUAACUGUUUAUAUGAAUGUCACAACAUUUUUUAUUUGAAUCAUCAAGUCAGUCAUCAAGUCAACCAUCCUCUACGCUAUAUAACAAAAAUCCAGUGAUCUCUUGUGUUUAAAAAGAACAUGCAAUACAAAUUGAUAAAUUUUUCCUUACUGAAAAACCACACGAACGUGACAUUUUCUAAAUGACAUGGUUUCAUGUGAUUUUAUGGGAAGUCAGUGUGAUCAAAUUAGACAAAAUUGCAUGAAACUCUAUGUAAAAAUGUACAUAAACAAAUACAUUUUUACAUAAUUUGUCCAGAUUUUAAUGGGAAAUGUUUAUUUCCAAUAAUGCUGUUUUCUGUAAGAGGUAUUAUGUACAAACCUGAUUCCAAAA